AUGGUGGUUAGGGUGGGUUCGGGUGCGGAGCGGGUGAUAAUGUGGCCGGCUCCCUCAGCAACUCGGAAGGGAAGGCUUGGAAGAAAAAUGGACCAGCAACGUCAAAGCGAGGAGUCCGGUUCUAAGGGUGGUAUUUUUGACGGUCUAACGGGUGGGCGCACUGGGGGGUUCAACGAUCUUACUGAGAAGAAAAAGCAGAAUGAGGGGGGCCUGUUCAGCGGAAUCACCGGCGGCCAGACGGGGGGCGUCAAAGACCUGGUAGGUAAAGAGAACGAUGGCGCAGACAAGGGAAAUGAGGGGGGCAUUUUCAGUGGUAUCCGAGGGGGGGAGACGGGGGAAGUGCAGGAGUUGACGGAGGGCGACGACGGAAAGCAGGGGGGGGGUUUCCGCAAUCUUUCUGGUGGCGAGGUUGGGGGCUUGAAUGACGUCACCCAAGAGGGCAACACCCCUGGGGGGAAGGCGAAGUUUAUGCAGGGGCUGACUGGAGAAGGGAAGGGGACAGAGGACAGCCGACCAGCAAGAUCUGAGUUGCGCAGGUACGCUUCAAGAGAUGCAAGACUUCAAAGGAUGCCAAGCUUAGUCGUCCAUCAACCUUUAUCUUUUGCAGAGACUCUCGUAGAGGGGUCUUCGCAAGGGGCCACUCAUUUCAAAGUGCCAAAGCCCACUAUAUAUGGCCUGUGAAGCAACGAAGUUUUCGGACGACUCAAGGACCAGUCACUGAGCAGCCAUUGGCCGCUGGCGCGACGCGACUGUGACUCGCCCAGAAAAAUCCGGACUGUGCCAAACUUUUGCUUCGAUCUGCGCUGAGUCACUCAGUAGACCAUGGUGCAAAGGUGCACAGGACACAAACAACAGAUCUAAGGGCCGCCUGCAAGCUUCACGAAAUGAUGUACAUCGGAUUGAAGCCUAUGAAUCGUUGAGAAGCUUCGAUUCGUGAACCUUGCGCAGGCGGUAAACCGCGCCGUCGGCACGAGAACGUUGGAUUAUCGGAUAUGGAC